AAGAAAAAUGACUGACGAACAUCACUUUAUACUAAGGAAUGAUUCAUGAGCACUUUCAGUGGACAUAUGAAUAGGUGAUAAGUCUAAAAUAAGUAUAUAUUAUUAGUAGUCAAAAUUGGCUGUCGAGUAUUUAUUCAGUUAUACAAUGAUUACAUGAAUUAAAUGCCACAACACUUUCAAUGAAUUACUUAUUCAAAAAAGGGAUGGCGAGAAGCUCACGAAAUACCAAUUUGGCGUCUAUAAAAGGACUUCUUUGUGGUAAGGACUCACAUUGAAAACUGAGCAUGUUGCUGCGAGCAACUCAACUUAUUUCGCCCUCAAAUGCGGCUGAGGGUAAAUUGGGAUCCAUCGAGUUGAAUUUGCGGUUGGCCCAUUUGGUCGGUUUGCCUUUGCUAGGUCUGAAGAAUGAGACGCGUAUCGAAAGGAUAUUGGUGACAUUAAAUGGAGCAUUAAUACUUUUUGGGCUCUAUUUGUAUGUGAUUUUUGAGAUAUACGAUCUCUCUCUGAACUUCCAGGAUCUCGAUAAAGUUACACAGAAUCUUGUUAUGACAUUAACACAUUCCGCCUAUUUGUUAAAGACUAUCAACAUCUGGUAUCACUAUGGAAGUCUAAAGGACAUUAUGAGCAGAUUAAAAGUCAUCACUCGCGCCUGUGUUUUAUCCGCGAAGCAGGUGGAAACAUUUCAUAAGGCUGAAAUGGAAGGCAAGUUGGUGCUCCUCUUGUAUUUUCUGCUGGUGUUAGUAUCGGGUACUUUGGGAUUAGUUUCGAUUCUUACUUUUCCAGGUGAUUUCGAGGGAAGUCGAUUUCCGUAUUCGGCGAAAUUACCCAACUUUCUAAGCCCGUUAAUAAAACAUUUAUAUAUGGGACUAAGUGUUGCGAUCUUGGCAUUGGCCGUUUCCCAAAUUGAUUGUCUCACCGUGUUGAUAAUGAAUCAGAUAUGUAUGCAUCUGAAGGUCCUAAACUUGGCCUUUGAGGAACUCUAUGCACCGUCGGACCAGAAACUUAAAGUGGAUCCAUAUAACUGGCUGCUGUCGAUCGUCAAAUAUCACUGCGAAUUGAUUGAACUCCGUCAGAAAGUGGAGCUUAUCUUUAAAAUGCCAGUCUUGCUACAAUUUGUCAGCUCUUUGGUGAUUGUUGCCAUGACAGCAUUUCAAGUGAUCGUUGGAGAUGGUUCGAAAAGUUCAAUUCUAAUGGACUUUUUGCUAUGUUGUGUGCUCUGUCAGCUCUUCGUUUAUUGUUGGUUUGGCAAUGAGGUCUACGAGCAGAGCAAAACACUUUCAACGUCUGGCUUUGGCUGCAGUUGGCAUGACUUUGAUGGCAAAUGUAAAAAACUUCUGCUGAUCUUCAUGAUAAAUGCAGAUCGUCCAUUCCUGUUCACGGCUGGAGGAUUCAUGGGUCUUACAUUACCCAGCUUCACAUACAUCAUGGGCAAGUCGUAUUCCAUUGUUGCGGUGCUCAGGCAAAUGUACAGCCGAAGCUAAAAUCUGUCAGUCAAAUAUGAACAUAUAAAUUUCGUUUAACGUUUCGCCUACGCCCCUCGAUUAUUGUA